GAAUUUUUUCUGAUUUUAUACACAUUAACAUAUUGAUAUCGCUAUUCCCUUAUAGUCUUUUUUUUUUUUUUUAAACUACCCCCUCCCUAUUAUCCUUAUUUGAUAAUCUUAACAGAAUAGGAUUGUUGUGGUUCUAGUCGGGUUUUCGUUAGUGACGGAAGCUACGCCGGCGGCUGAAUUUCUCGACCUGGCACUUUGGCACCCAAAAUUUCCAACUUGGACAAAACCAGUGGUCCGCCGAGUGCUCCAUACUAACGAACAGAGUUGAGACUUGUCUUCGUCGUCUCUACCCGUUUGACUCGAUUCUCCCUUCCCGCCAUAUCUCGAUCUGUGAUUCUCACCAUUUACUCACCUUCAUACCCUUGACCUUUGAGAAUCCCUUUUCGCCACCGCCAUCAUGGGUCUCACCUUCUCGAAGUUGUUCGACCGCCUAUGGGGCAGAAAGGAGAUGCGAAUUCUGAUGGUCGGUCUUGACGCAGCCGGAAAAACCACCAUUCUGUAUAAGCUGAAGUUGGGUGAAAUCGUCACCACCAUCCCCACAAUCGGUUUCAACGUCGAGACUGUCGAAUACAAGAACAUUCAGUUUACCGUGUGGGAUGUCGGUGGUCAGGACAAGAUCCGUCCUCUCUGGAGACAUUACUUCCAGAACACUCAGGGUAUUAUCUUCGUCGUCGAUAGCAACGAUCGCGACCGUAUUGUCGAGGCUCGGGAAGAGUUGCAGCGCAUGUUGAACGAGGAUGAACUCCGUGAUGCUCUUCUCCUUGUUUUCGCUAACAAGCAAGAUUUGCCGAAUGCCAUGAGCCCCGCCGAAAUUACCCAGCAGCUCGGUCUGCAAAGUCUCACUCGCCGUGCUUGGUACAUCCAAUCUACCUGCGCUACCACCGGUGACGGUCUGUACGAGGGUCUCGAGUGGCUCGCCGAUGCUUUGCGGAAGACGAACCAUACUUAAAUUGUUAUAAUGCGAUAAGUGGAAGAAUACCUGGACGUGUGACUGGGAGUUGGGGAUGAUGGAUGGGGGCCGAAUCGGAAAAGACACCUCGCGUAGGGAUGGGAUAUGCUACUUGGUGGUGCUUGUAUGUUCUCUAACGGCUCUUCAUUCUUCUAUGCUAUUUAGCUUUUAUUGUUCUCUUUCAUCCCGGCGUCGAUCCUAACGAAAUACUCCUUUUGUGCCCUGAAACCUCAUAUCUUUCAUUUCUUUUUUUGGUCUCCAUGUGUUCUCUUACAGUCA